AUGCAAAAGGGGAAACGUCAAAAGCUUAACGAUAUCACCGUUGAUGGAGAAAACGAAGCUCCAGACUUGAUUAGCAAACUUCCAGAUGAACUUUUACACUCAAUCAUCUCAUUUCUUCCAACUAAAGAAGCUGUAGCAACUAGCGUAUAUUCCAAACGCUGGAGAUUCCUUUGGAAAUCACUGUCUCGAUUGUAUUUGGAUCUAUACCAAAUCAACAAUCACCGUGCUAGAAGUCUAGCCAUUGCUGACAAGAUUAUUUCAUCACUCUCUUUUAGUGUUGAUUUUUUUCACCUGCACUCCGAUUACAUGCUCCGAUGGAUUGAUUUUUUGAAAAAUGAGAAAAAACUAAAAGGGAUUGCACUUUCAUGUGAUAAAAUUACUUGCAGUAAUUUUAUCAGGUGGUUUCGCGUAUCGAAAUUGGGAGAGCGUAUUAUUCAUAAAUUCAUUAUACCAAAAGGAAGCAUAUUCAAAGGGAGAUUUCUUCAAUUUGUAGAGUUAAAUGAAUAUGUUCUAAAAAAUGGUUUACCUUUUAAAGGUUGUGUCAAUAUUAAGACCCUAAAACUCGGAGGUUGCAUAUUGGGCGAUAAUACCCUAGUUGAAAUCCUCAAAAAUUGCAAGGAGUUGGAGAAAUUGACCCUUCGUCAUUGUUCCUUCAUGUCGACCGAUGUGAGCAUUCAUCACCAAAAACUCAAGUUAUUAGAGAUUAUUCAUAUGCAAGAACAGAGUUUUUGCCUAAUUUCAGAAAGCCUGAAUAAGUUGGCGUUGGAAGAUUGUGUGUUUUCAACCACAAAAUCUCGUAUUUUGUGUCCAAACCUUCGAGUUCUCCAAACAAAUGUCGCUUGGCUGCCGAGUUUAUGGGGAGUUCUAACGGAAUCACAACAAGGAGCAGCGAUAACAUUUUCACUGACAGGUGCUCUCACUGUCAAAAGGAGAAUCAACAUGGGAUAG